AUGCCUGAGGGCGAGGGUCAGGAGGGCGAGGGCAAGGAGGGCGGCGAGUGGAAGGAGGCGGAGGGGACCGGAAUGGGGGAGGGCACCGGCGCCAAGGACGUCAGCGAUCAGAUCCAGAACGAGGACCAGCUGCUGGGUGCCCAGCAGAAGGACGCGCAGCAGCAGGAGCAGCAGCAGGAGGAGGGGCCGGAGGGGCCGGAGGAGGACAAGGCAAAGGGCGUCGAGAUGGAGCAGGACUUUGAGGGCGCACUGGAGGACGUGGACAUGGAGGGGCAGCAGGACCGCAGCAGCGAUGACGAGGACGGCGACGACGACCGCAUAGAGCAGCAGAUGGGCGAGGUUGGGGACAAGGAGGAGGUAGUCGACGAGAAGCUGUGGGACGCUGAUGCCGACGAGCCCCCGGGGGCCGAGGAGGGGGAGCAGCGCAAGGAGAAGUACGACGACACGGCUGUGGAUGACAAGAGCCAACUGGAGUACAUGCCAGGGCAGGAGGCCCCCAUGGAAGAGGAUGGCAAGGACCAGGAGAAGGGCCAGCAGCCCCAGAAAAAGGAGGAGGAGAAGAGGCCGCAGCCGCAAGAGGAGGCCGGCGGCGGCUCAGAGGAGGAGGACCCAGGGGCCGAGGAGGAGGGCGGCGUAAAGGACGACGUCGAUGACAAAUACGACGACAACCACCACGCGCGCCCGGAAGCUGCCGAGGAGGAGCUGCAGCUGCCCGACGAUCUGAAUUUGGACGGCGGCGACAAGGAGGAGGGGCAGGAGGAUGAGAAAGGCGGCGGCGACGACGCCGCGGCGGCGCCGGAGGAGCAGGAGGGGGCGGAGGCGGCGGGGGCGGACGAGAAGGGCGCGGAUGGGAAGGGGGAUGAGGAGGAGGAGGGCGGGCCGCGGCAGGAGGGGGAGGAGCAGGAGGGGAUGGACGUGGACGAGCCGCCCGGCGGCGCCGACGGCGAGCGGGGGAACGAAAAGGAGGAGGACGGGGCUGAGGAGCAGCCCCGGGAGGGCGAGGAGGACGGCGGCACGAAGGAGCCCGCGCCGGAGCAGCAGCAGGAGGAGCAGGAGGGGCAGGGAGAGGAGCAGGACGAGGCGGAUGCGGUGGCGGCGGCGGCAGCAGCCGAGCAGGAGGAGGAGCGGCAGGAGGGGCAGCAGCUGCCCGAGGCAGGGCCGAAGGGCACGCGGUCGGGAGCCGCGGCGCCCAAGGCGCAGCAGAGCCUCGGCGCGGCGGACGGGCAGGAGCAGCAGCAGCAGGAGGAGGAGGAUGAGGGUGCGGACGACGCCGGCGCCGCCGGCGCUGACGUGGACAUGACGCAGCCGGAUUCCGCCCAGCAGGCGAAGCAGAGCGCCGUCGGCGC